GCGCCACUAGUUUCAUAAUUAGUAUGAAAUCAUGUUAGUUCCUUGUUUGGCCACCGGAACAUUGUAAGUUUGUGGUGUUAAAUCGGCAAAUUCGUUUCCGCUUGCGCGCGCAUCGUCCUAUUGAACUUUUCGAUUCAGGGGCCUAAACAAUAUAACUAUUCCGUCGAUGUCAAUUGUAUAGAAAUAUAAUAAAAUAUUAUAUAAUUAGUCACAAAUGGCCAAAUGUUGCACUAUUGAGCGAACCCCAAGACCUCAGCUCAAUAUCCAGUUUCAGGAGUUAAAAAUAAUUUCAUUGACCAUCUUUAUCAUUUUAUACGUAACGCACAUCGUGUCACACAGUGCCGCGUUACUAUUGGACCCGAGCGAAGAAGACCUGAAGAAACUUAAAGUGAAUAAUGUGCCAGAAUUCGAUCGAAGCAUCCACACCCACGUCAUCGAAAAUGGGAGGUGUCACCUGUGCAACAUUUACACGAGCAGCAAAAAAACAAAACACUGCAGCAUUUGCAACAAGUGCGUCGAUCGCUUCGACCACCACUGCAAAUGGUUGAAUAACUGCGUCGGUCAGAGGAACUAUGCGGCCUUCAUCACAGCCGCUGCCACCGCAUUAUUCAUAUCCAUGUUCACGUCGUGUUUGUGCCUUACAGACAUUAUUCUAUUCCUAUCGUACCCACAAAAGUUAAGCGUAUCCGCACAGCAAUUUAUUAACUGCUCGAUCUACGAGGCGACCAGUUACAAUAAGUAUUGUAAGAACUCUAUAUGUUUUUUAGUGUUUCUUAUUGUACUGUGUGUAAGUGCCUUUGCAAUAGCAUGUGCCUUGUUGCAUCUGUGUUGUUUUCAUGUUUAUAUAUGGAUUUUAGGCGUAUCUACAUACGAAUACAUUGUUAAAAGUGGAACACCCGAUGCUCCAAGAAUACAAUGUAUCCCUAACGGAUCCUGUUGUAGAAAGAGAUGUACAAAGAAAUUGUAUCGAAUAAAAAAGAAUCACGAUACUGUAAUGGGUUCGGAAGAUCCAGGAAAAACCGUAAACAGCGAAGCAAAUGUCAACAAUCUGAUUGGUAUUUUAAUUAAUCAUGAAUUGGAUAAAGCUAAAACGCUGUUCCUGUAUGACAAAAAUAAGAUACAUCCUGAAAAUGGUAUUGCGGAACGGUAACAGAGUUUGGGUUGAAGACACUGAGUAAAGCAGGUCACUUAUG